AUGCCUUCCAAUACUCCUGACGAAAAUAAAUUGGCUCAAGAACACUCUCCUCUUUACAAAUGGAACAGUUGUGGGCCUCUUUUGAAUCCCCCUCAGCACUUGUCAAGACGACAGAUCCGCAAAAUUCACAUCUACGACUUUGAUAACACGUUGUUCAAGUCGCCAGCUCCCAAUCCCAACCUUUUGUCGUCAUUUUUAUCCAAUUUGUUGACAGAUCCCCAGCGAUUCAGCAACGGAGGAUGGUGGAGCGAACCGCGUUUCUUGCUCGAGCUCAUUAACGAGUGGAUUGAGGCACGCAACGGCAAAUUGAGUGACACAGAGAGGGACGCCAUUGACGGCAUGUACUGGAAUGAAGAUGUUGUCAAAUUGACCCGACUGUCGCAGCAAAGCCCUGACACGCUAUCGAUCCUAAUGACAGGUCGUAAAGAAAGUUUGUUUGUCAAGGCUCUGAUGAGAGUACUAGACGAACCUGUGUUUGGCGAAAAACGGCUUCAAUUUCACGGUGUCUUUCUGAAGAAAAGUGGUUAUGAUACCACUAUGCUGUACAAAACCUCGUGUCUUACUGACGUUCUUAUGCAUUACAGCUGUUGCGAGGAGAUCACCAUCUAUGAUGACCGUGUUAGGCAGCUGCGUGGAUUUCGGCAAUUUCUAUCGGAAUUUGUCGAAGCGAUUUGCCCGUCUCUGCAAUAUACGCUCAUUCACGUUCCUGGGCUUGUCAAAUAUUUACGACCUGCAGAAGAACGGAGCAUCAUUUCAAGUAUUUUCAAAGAGCAUAAUGAUGCAGUGACCGAUGCAAUUUUCCAGCUACCAUCUGCAGCCAACCCUCGAACGUUUUACAUGGGCAAGAUGUAUCUCAAGGAAAAGCGCCUCAGUGCCGCGUAUAUCAUAACAACCCAAUCGCGGCAGAAACUAGUUGGCUUCGUAGCCAAAAAGUUGGCACACUCCAUUAAUCUGGACGAAACGCACAUUUCUGCAAGAUAUAUAAUGUGUACCCAGCACGGUACCAUUACGUCUCGCAAGAUUGCUACCAUGAUUUUGAUGGGCUCACAAGAAGAGCCAUCCGACGAAACAGUCAACAAGUACAUGCAUUGCAUGAACAGUGGUACCGAGAACUCACGCAUACAGCUCAGAGUCACCAGCCUUGGUGUAGCUCCAAACGGCCACUGUGUCUGCGACGUCCGGCCUGAAUUCGAAACCCGCUUUAUUUAUACCGAAUUUUCAGCGCUGCGAAUUUCCCUGACCGCUCCAAAUAACGAAACCAUUGACACUGGCCCUGAAUUAUACAAUGACGAGCUAUACGCGUGGGAAGCUGUCGAAAAUGACAAGCUGAUCAUCGAUGCGGAUUUUGGGUAUAGAUUUGUGCUUACAGGGGUCAUGGCCAAGAAAACUAAAAAACUACGAAAGAUCCGUAACUAA